AUGGCUGAAAUUCAGUCCCUAACGGUUCUUAUCAAACGCUUGGAAGCUGCCACUUCCCGCCUUGAAGAUCUGGCCACCUCUGGCACUUCUGCUGUUGCCGUUGCAGGUAGCCUUGGACGUGACUCAAAUGGGAAUCAACCUACCGAGCCUUCUAAUAUACUUCCCGGUGAUGGCACGGUUACCGAAACAAAAUUUUCU